UCACUCCUCAGGUCAAUAAUUCGGCUCCGGUAGAUCAAUUGGGAACCGUCAAUGGUGUCGGCCAGACAAGUGUCAGCUUUGUUCGAGCCAUUGGCCCUGCAUUGGGCGGAUCGUUGUGGAGUUUCUCACUUACCAGUGGCUUUGGCUUCCCGUUCAACUACUAUUUUGUUUUUAUUUUCAUGAGCUUCCUCAGCUUGCUCAACUAUUUGUCAACUCUAGUUCUUCCUACCUGGGUCGGAGAAGCACGCGAAGGCGCCGCUGUCAUGCAUAUGGGCUAAAAACAGUCAGCUCAAACAUGCGCCUUGUAUAUAAUGUAUACUUGGGAUGACUAUUUUGCAGUCAUCCUGGUUGCCUUGUUUUUUAUCAUAAAAGAAAUCAUUUUGCAUAUACUCACGAGUAUUUAUAAAUUAUAUAUCAUUUUCCGUCUUUAUUUUUACAUAAUAACAAAACAGGAGUUGUCAAGGGUAUCGAUAGUGCAUUUUCAAUGUGGAACAAUUUUGCCAAGGCAAACAAAGUUCUUUGCUCGAUGGACUGAGGGGAAUACUGAGCGAAUUUUUUGAGUGGAUGGGGUGGGGUAUGGAGGAGCUUCA